UCCAAGUAUGAUUUUGAAGUUUUAGCUGUGGGUCCUGUCUAAGCAUACUAAACAAAUGCUAUGGGCGCAUACGUUCACUUUCGAUAGUCGCCAGAGAUGACGAGUUGUCGACUACCACUGUGGCAUACUCCCUCUGACGUAGGCAGGAGAGCAGGGAUCGACGUCCCACAAUGCACCGCUGUUUCCGUUUACUUUCAACCCACCUAACACAUGGGCUGCUGUAGUAGUGAUUGUUUAUAUUGUUCAUUUUCAUACCAAAUGUAAGUGUGUUUCAGUAUUAUUCUUUUCACCUUAAGAUGAAAGUAAAAGUCCUAUCGAGAAACCCAGACGACUACGUCCGGGAGACCAAACUUGAUAUUCAGCGUGUUCCCAGAAACUAUGACCCUACACUUCAUCCAUUUGAGGUGUGCCGAGAAUACACCCGGGCCCUUAAUGCCACUAAACUGGAUAGGGUGUUUGCAAAGCCUUUUCUGGCCUCAUUGGAUGGACACAGAGAUGGAGUGAACUGCAUGGCCAAGCACACCAAGAGCCUCUCCACAUUGCUGUCUGGCUCUUGUGAUGGGGAGGUUAAAGUAUGGAAUCUUUCCAAACGUGAAUCCCUCCGCACAUUCCAAGCCCAUGAAGGUUUUGUCCGUGGAAUCGCUGUCCGCUUCUGUGGAACUUCGUUCUUCACGGUUGGUGAUGAUAAAACAAUCAAACAAUGGAAAAUGGAGGCCCCAGGUUAUGGUGAGGCAGAGGAGCCACUUAAUACAAUUCUGGGCAAGACAGUAUUCACAGGGCUUGACCAUCAUCAGAAAGAAGGUGUGUUUGCAACAUGCGGCCAGCAGGUGGACAUUUGGGAUGAGAAAAGGAGCAGCCCCAUCCGUUCUUUUACCUGGGGUGUGGACAGCUUCAGCUCUGUCCGUUUUAACCCAGUGGAGACUGAACUUCUUGCAAGCUGCGCCUCUGACAGAAGCAUCGUACUGUAUGACAUGAGAGAAGCAGCUCCGCUUAAAAAAGUUAUCAUGACGAUGAGGAGCAACACAUUGUGUUGGAAUCCAAUGGAGGCUUAUUACUUCACAUCUUGUAAUGAAGACUAUAAUCUUUACACAUAUGACAUGAGACGCUUGAACCAGCCGGUCACUGUACACACUGACCACGUGUCUGCAGUGCUGGAUGUUGACUAUUCCCCCACUGGCAGAGAGUUUGUGUCUGCCAGUUUUGACAAGACCAUCCGCAUCUUCCGCAAGGGUGCUGGCCGUAGUAGGGAAGUCUACCACACCAAACGCAUGCAGCAUGUCAUCUGCGUAAAGUGGUCAGCCGAUAACCGCUACAUUCUGAGUGGGUCAGACGAAAUGAAUAUCCGUCUCUGGAAAGCGAAUGCUUCAGAGAAAUUAGGAGUGCUCGCACCCCGAGAGAGGGAGGCCACCAACUACCGACAUAAACUGAGAGAGAAGUUUAAGCACUUCCCACAGAUCAGGCGCAUUGCUCAGCAUCGACAUCUCCCCAAGGCCCUUUACCACCAGUCUAUGGAGCUAAGGACAAUGAAGGAGGCUUGCCGCAGAAAGGAGAAGAACGUUCGCACGCACAGCAAACCAGGAAGUGUGCCUGUCUUGUCUGAGAAAGAGAAGCAUGUUGUGUCUGUGGUCAAAUAAAAAAAGAGAAUUAAUACACAACACUGGAGAUUCAUCACACAUAUACAGGGUUUGAUCAGACUGCUCUUGCUUUCCAAUCUUGCAAGCACCUUCUCACUGAGCAUGUUUUUACAAGUCAAAGCAUUCAUCUUGCACCUUUCAAAUCGUAUUUGAUUAUGCCUUUUCAGAAGUGACGUUGAUUUUUUUUCCUUUAAAGCAGUGAUUCCCAACCAGGGUGCCAUGACCCACUACUAGUCUGCUGUGAGAGAUCAUUAGGGGUGCUGUGGAAAAUUAUCUUCUUUCACCCAAGUUGUCUGAAAAUAAUGAUUUAUUAAUUACACAUUUGUAAUUGUUCAUCUCUAUACGCCAGGCAGAACAAUUUUCCAUUACAUGGCAGAAGGUACCACCUUUUGCCAUUCAUGACAGAAUAACUCAUUGCUUCAUGCGAGUAUCUCAACUUUGUGUUCAGUUCAGUUUAUACUACUUGAGACAUUAUUGUUUGGUGGUGUUCCCUGAGAUUUUUCCAAUGUCAAAUGGUUGCCUUGACUCAAAAUAUGUUGGGACACAUUGCUUUAAAGCAAUCACAAUCUCUAUACUGUCAAUGUCAACCAAUGGAUGUGAGUAGAGAAUCACCAAUUCCUUGAGACUCAAUCCAUUUUCCACAGCGCUUGUUCUCAUUUGGGGUGGGGGGUGAGCUGAAGACCUGUUUGUCUAAAUUAAACAAAAAUAAAGAAAAUCCCUCAAUUGCUUUGUUUCCCUCAAUGAGGUUCACAAAUCUUUCUGCUGUUGUACGAUGGUUUGAAGGUCCCCAUGUGUAACACGCAGAAUUUAACUUCCACUAUGCUUUAUGAGGUUUGUAAUGCAACCAUAUUUUGUCUGGUCUGUUCUCUUGAAAUGGUUUAGAAAUCCCUAAAUUGGUUAAGGAAAAUCACUUAAAAUUAACUCAAAAUCUGUACUUUCAUUAUUUCCUGGUGUGUGUGUAUACAGUGCUGUGAUUAUUGUGUAUUGGCCCCCCGUCUCAAAUUCUUAUAUUUUUUGCAUAGUUUCACCAAUUUAAGAUCAUCAAAACAACAAUCAUAACUGGUUGGGCCAUUCUCAGUAGCAACAACUGAAAUCAACCGUUUUCUUUAACUAGCAAAGAGUUAUUCACAUAUCUGGAGAUAUGUUGGCCCACUCUUCCUUGUAGAAUUGUUUGAAUUGAGCAAAAAUAGAGGAUUUUCGAGCAUGAACGGCCUUUUUAAGGUCAUGUCACUGCAUUUCUAUCAGAUUCAGACUUUGACGAGGCCACUACAAAAUCUCAAUUUUGUGUUUUUAAGCCAUUCAGAAGUUGACUUCCAGUUGUGUUUUGGAUCGUUAUCCUGCUUCAGGACCCAAUUGUGCUUCAGCUUGAGGUCACAAACUGGUGGAGGAACAUUCUCCUUCAGGAUUUUCUGUUAAAGAGCAGAAUUCAUGGUUCCAUCAAUCAGAGUUGUCCAGGACCUGAAGGAGCAAAGCAGCCCAAAGAUCAUCAGAAUAUCACCACCACGUUUGACUGUUGCAAUGAUUUUCUUUUUCUGAAAUGCUGUGCUUCAUUUACGCCAGAUGUAACGAGACACACACCUUCCAAAAAGCUCAACUUUCAUCUCGUCCAUAUAAUAUUCUAGGGCUUGAUUGAACAGGUCUGGAGGUAAUAAGGCUUCGGUGUGAUCAGUGAAAAUUAACCAAAAAUUGUGAUUAGCCACAGUUAAAUCAUGAUUUAACAUGGUGGGUUUUUUUUAACACAGAGCCAGGUAACUUUUUUUUUCUUAAUAAAUGAAAUCACCAUUUAAAAACAGCAGUUUUUUUUUUAAAUGUACAUUUAUUUGAUGAUCUUAAACAUUGGUGGGGAAACUGCAAAAAUAUAGGAAUUUGAGAACAGAGCCAGUAAUUUUUCACAGCACUGUAUAAUUUUUUCUCCCAUGUUUUAUUUAAAUGUCAUGAGCCAACCUGUCAGUGUUUGAUUUCAAUCACUUCAGCUACCUGUUGUUUGACUUUGUACUAAUUUACUUACAGCCCUUGUGAUGUAUAUACUCUAUCCUCUUAAAGCUGUCGUUUAAAUCCCAUCAGCACCUCUACCUGAGCACAGCUGAGGCCAGAGUGAUUAACUUCGUACCUGAAGUUAUGUGGUUUUAAAAAAACUAUUGGUAAUAAAACAAGGAAUUGAAAUAAAAAUCUACAUCCUUGUUAAAAAUUCAUGUGGAGACGUUAUAUUUAUAUUACAUGUACAAUGUACUGUACAUAGCUACUAGAUGUAUGUGCGUUUACGCCACUUGUCAUAAUCAUGCCGCGAGAAUAAAGCUUUAUCAUGCUCCUACUGCAA